AUGACAUCAAGUCAAGACGACUUAAUUGAAAAGGUUUUCACAAAUAUCUCACAGAAGUUUGAAAACCAUCAGUGGCUUAGUGAACGUGCCAAAUUAGCUGCUACAAACAGCGAUGUCAACGACAUGAAUUUCACCAUUCAAAAGAGAAUACCAGGAGAAGAAACAACGUACAAGUCAAUCGACACUGUGAUAAAUCAAGACGAAGUUGUCAGUUAUCCGACAGAAUUCUUAAAUUCAUUGGAUUUGCCAGGUAUGCCACCGCAUAUAUUAAGUCUGAAACUUGGUGCGCCUAUCAUUCUCCUUAGAAAUAUAAAUCCACCACGACUGUGCAACGGUACAAGACUUGCAGUCAAAAAAUGA